CUAUCGUAACUACUUAGUACUUCUUCCUUCUCCACUUCCCCAGACAGUUCUUAUCACCUCAGCACCUCAUUCUCCUCUCUCCCACCUCCAAAGAAACACCUAGAAACCCAUCAUCCACCAUGUCCGCGACGAUGGAAGCCGUCAAGCUCUUCUUCAGCUCGCCCCGAUUUGCGGUCGCAGGCGCCAGCAACGACCCCGCCAAAUUCGGCCAUCGGAUCCUGGCCUGGUAUCACCACCAUUCUCUCCCUGUCACUCCCCUCAACCCGCGCGCUUCCUCCAUCCAGCUGCAAUCGACGAGUCUUCCCACUGUGGCCUCGGUGCGCGACUUGCCCGCUCCGACCGAAACCUCGCUGUCGGUGGUGACGCCCCCCGCAGUGACCCUCAGUCUCCUUCGCGAAGCCUAUGCGGUCGGUAUCCCGGCUGUCUUCUUACAGCCUGGCACGUACGAUCAAGCGGUACUGGACUACCUGGAGGGACAUUUUGCGGCGGCGGUGGUGGGCGCGGGAGGCCGAGGCUCGGAGGGUUGGAUGCCCACCAGUUCGAUCACUCUUGACUCUCCCAUCCCUCCCCAUCUCGAUCUGGCUGGGGCGCCUUCGCAGCUCUUCCAAGUGCCUCCAUCCCCAUCCGCUUCGUCGGCAUUGUAUCGCUCCAUCGCUGUCCCUCCCCGUAAAAGGGCUCGUUCCAGCCUCGAGACUCGCUCCUCUUGGCUGCAGGUCGAUGGCAGCGCGAGUCCCCUCGUCACAUCGGUGAUCGGCUCCGAUGACCUUCUGCACGGCGUCGAUAAUGUUGUCGACCUCGACUAUCGGCCCAGCCGAUAUCGCGAACCGUCCGACCCAUUACACCUCGAUACUAGUGUCGACUCGCUGGGGGAGGCCGGCGGUCUGCGUCGCAAACGCAGCCAUCCGGACCCUUACUUGAUCGCCGCCUCCCCCACCGGUUCGGAUGAGAAGGAGCAAUCUCCAAGCGUCACUUCAUACCCCUCCGCAGCACCCGUCCGCUGGAGCAAGGCUGUUCUUGGCGUUGUCGGCAAGGUCUGGGAUUUCUGCUGGUCCGGAGCGUUUCGGGGUUUCUAUGCCGGGGGCGGUCGCGGAUACACUAUGAGCGGCGAGCAGGAGGAGGAGGAUGAUGACGAUAACUCAAUGACUUUCCCAUCCCUGGCCAGUGAGAAAGGUUCUGCGCCGACAACCCCCUCCGCUCAACCUCCUCGACGGGGCCCGUCGACCCCUUUGCCUGGCUGCUAUCCCGAGGAAACCGAUCUGCAGGGCAACUGGGUCAUGGUCUCCCCGCCGUCGGCAACCAUUUAUCGCGGUAGCACUCCCCGGCGGGGGCUACGACGCACCACCACCGCCGCUCAUCUGGCCGCACGUCGUGCACGACCUCACACCAGGCGUGUGCUGAUGUCGCAUGCGCCGCCCUCUCUACCCAGCCAGCACUACUUCUCCUCUCCGGCCAUGCCGCGCGAGAGCCCGGUGUCCGUGAACUCCAAACGCCACAUGGCCGAGAAGCGUCGCCUGGAGCGCGAGGAAGACGCCAGCCUGCAGCGGAUGGAGCAGAGGCUCCAGGUGCUGAUUCGUGAGGGGACACAGGCGCUGGCCACACGUGUCGAGGUGAUGGAUUCGGAGAUGGAAGAUUAAAUUGCUUUUGGUGGUUGUUGGCCGAACUGAUACCCUUACGUUCUUUGGAUUUUUUUUGUUAAAAUGACGCUCCUUUACGACUGACACGAAGCCACGAACUUCUCUUGUUUGAUUGACACGAAUCUUUGACAAGCACAGAACCGUAACCCGGCGUCUGUGUCUUGUGAUACGGCCUACUUUUACGAGAACGAUAUUCUUACUACGAAUAGCUUAGUGAUCACUAGCCUACCAUUAGCUAAAUACCUUCACGAAGGUGUCCUCUUACUCUCUACGCGAGAUUGGAUCUGGUAAUUGAAUAUCAUAUCAUU